UUAUUGUAUUCUUAAUUUUCAGCUUGUGUUGAGGUGAGUCAAAGAGAUCUGGGGGAGGGUGAAAGGGCGCUCUGCUUUAAGCUAAGUCAAGGCCUCAGUUUACACAUUUGCAGCUCGUUAGAAGACAAACUUUACCUGACUUGGAGCCUUGGGCGUGCCCAGUGGUUUCAAAACACACGGUGCCAGAAACCAGGCGGUCAGGCCUGUCCACUCUUGCGUUCACAGUUUGGCUGGCAAACACUGCUGCUGCUGAUUCAGAGCUCACAGAAGAGUUUCUCUGCUUUCUAGCGUUGAAGAGCUCAAGGAGACCUAGCUGUCUUUAUAGUCCCGGCAGCAAGGUUACAUCCUAGUGUUCCCUAGUGCUUUGUAUUCCUUUGGGAGCCCCGUGGCUGGCACCAGAAGCAGAGGCACGGGAAAUUACCCUCCUGGAUUUUGGAUGCGAUUCUAGGAGCUGUCUGGGCUGUGUUGGAGGCUGCCCUUAUGCCCAUGACAUCCCUGAGAUGGAGCAGGGCACUAGGCCCCUUUAGUUCUGGCCAGCUUUCACGAUCUCAGGAGGGCAAAGCUACUUCUGAUCUCUGCCAAAAUCAUGUUUUGGGAGCAGGGCUCUCAUUCCUGAGCUCGUGAGAGAAGCAUUUGAGAUCAAAGGAGAAGUUUCCAUCCAAAUGACACAGUAACCCUUGAACAGCUUUGGGAAGGGGAGUGCCACCUCCCUGUUCUGCCCCAGAGCAGCAUGUAGCCAAUUGAGAGCAACUUGCUACACCUUUCCAGCUCCCAUUCUCCACAGUCAGUAAUUAUUCCCUUGCGUUGCAGAUAGAGAGGCUGGAUCAGCCCAAGGUGGCUGUGCCCAUCCCCAGCGGUACCCAGCCCUUGCUCUGGGGGCUGCCUGUUCAGCUGGAAAGCACAGCGCUGCUGGAUGACGUUUUCCUCUCCUCCCACUGAAUCAGCCUUUUAUUUACUCUUUGGAAUGCAAAGUAACAGGACACCCUGUGAGUUUUAUCUCUCUCCCAGUCUUUUGUAAUGCUUUAGAAGUUGCCGGACCGGAUUGAGCUGUGAGAUGGGGUGGUUUCAGGGUUGCCUGGCAGGAAUCUGGGUGGGAGGGCACUGUCGCUGAAAUUUGAAUUUGGGAGUCGCGCUGAGAGUACAAUCAUUGAGCCAUACUACGGGAAGGAAAAGCCUUUGUCCCUGAGUGAAUCUGGCCCGUCGCUGGUGUGGAUGGAUGGUGCUCCUUUGCUAGAAUUCCUGGCAACCACCUCCACCAGAAGACUCCUCUCCCGCCGGCAGCAGGCCUUCAUUCCUUCUAUUUCAGGGCUCGCCUUCCUCCCAAACCUCGUCUCUGCUCUCAAGAUGCUGUUGCGGCUACAUUGAGACAACGCGAGGAGGAGGAGGAGGUGACAGCUUUUAUUGGAUGAACUGGUUCCAGCGGGAGCAAACAGAAGCUUUGCGGGUGGCUGCUGCCAUUGCAUGAAGGACAUGAACAACCUGGAUGAAGGGGUGGAGUUCCUCCCUGCCAUGAACUCCAAGAAGAUGGAGAAGCGCGGCCCAAAGCGGCAGGUGGUCAUCACUGUCCUGAUCAUUGUUUUUCUGCUUGUCUCCCUCACCACUGGCCUCCUGUUUUGGCACUUCAAAUAUAGGAACACACCUGUCCGGAAGGUUUUCAAUGGCCACUUGCGGGUUCUGAACUGGGAAUUCCUGGACGCCUAUGAGAACUCCAGCUCUCCAGAGUUCAGUAUGCUGGCCAAGAAGGUGAAGAGCACGGUGGAGGAGAUCUACAAGAAUCAUGCUGAUAUUGGUCCUUAUCACAAAGAGACAAUAAUCACUGCCUUCAGUGAAGGCAGUGUCAUUGCCUACUACUGGUCAGAAUUCCUUGUGCCCAAAUACCGGGAAGAGAGCCUGGACAGGGCGAUGGCUGACAAGCAGAGCCUGGUGCAGAGGUGGAACCCGCGCCUGAGAAACCCCAUGCUGAAGGUGGAGUCAGUCAUUGCUUUCCCUGUGGACCCCAGCAUAGCUCACUCUGCCCGGGACAACAGCUGCAUGUUCUCCCUUCACGCCAAGGAAGGGGAGGUCACCAGUUUCACCACGCCAGGCUUCCCCAACAGCCCAUACCCCAACAAUGCCCUCUGCUACUGGGCAUUGAGGGCAGAUGCCAGUUCCAGCAUCAGUCUCACCUUCAAGACCUUGGAGCUGGAGCCAUGCAGAGAUGACAGUGACUACAUCAAGGUGUAUGACUCUCUGAGCCCCGUGGAGCCCCAUGCCUUGGUUAGACUUUGUGGGAAUUAUGCCCCAUCCUACAACCUGACCUUCCUCUCCUCCCAGAACGUCAUGCUAGUCACAUUGGUUACCAACAAGGAGGGACGAUUCCCUGGCUUUAAGGCUGAGUUCUUCCAGCUUCCAAAGAUGAAAGCCUGUGGUGAGACCCUGAAGGGAGACAGUGGCACCUUCACAACUCCCUAUUACCCAGCACACUACCCCCCAGACAUGGACUGUGUCUGGAACAUUGAGGUUCCCUCUAGAAAGAAUGUGAAGGUGCGUUUCAACAUGUUCUUUGUGCUGGAGCCUGGGAUCCCAGUCAGCUCCUGCACCAAAGACUAUGUGCAGAUCAACGGCACAAGGUACUGUGGGGAGCGCUCCCAGUUUGUGGUGGCCAGUACCACCAACAAAAUCGAGCUCCGGUUCCACUCGGACCAGUCCUACACAGACACAGGCUUCUCUGCAGAAUUCCUGUCCUACGACUCCAGUGACCCCUGCCCUGGUAAGUUCACUUGCAAUACUGGCCGCUGCAUCGACAGGAGCAUGCGCUGCGAUGGGUGGCUGGACUGCGUGGACGGCAGUGAUGAGAGGUCCUGCACCUGUACGGAGCAGCAGUUCAAGUGCCAGAAUGGCUGGUGCAAGCCCAGGUUCUGGGUCUGUGACAACGUGAACGACUGUGGUGACAACAGCGAUGAGCUACAGUGCAGCUGCCCAGCUGACAGCUUCAAGUGCGACAACGGGAAGUGUGUCCCCAGCACACAGAAAUGUGAUGGCAAGGACGACUGUGGGGACGGGAGCGAUGAGGGCAGCUGCAGCACAGCAGGCCAGACCACGGUCCCCUGCAAGGAGUACACGUACAAGUGCCGCAGUGGACACUGCAUCAGCAAACAGAACCCCGAGUGUGAUGGGGAGCAGGACUGUGAGGAUCAUUCUGAUGAGGACAACUGCAACUGUGGUCUCCGCUCCUACAUCAGGAAGUCGCGGAUCGUUGGUGGGCAGAACUCGGACGUGGGAGAGUGGCCCUGGCAGGUCAGCCUGCACGUCAAGGGCCAGGGCCACAUCUGUGGGGCCUCGCUGGUGUCAGCAAGCUGGCUGGUGUCGGCAGCACACUGCUUCCUGCCACUGCAGGGCAUCAGGUAUUCAGAUCCCAGCCUAUGGACAGCCUACCUGGGGCUGACUGACCAAGGUGACCGGAGUGGCCCCAAUGUGCAAACCCGCAAAAUCAAGCGCAUCAUCUCCCACCCCUUCUUCAAUGACUACACCUACGACUAUGACAUUGCUGUGCUGGAGCUGCAGAGCCCUGUCACCUUCACAGCUGUCGUCCAGCCCAUUUGCCUGCCCGAUGCCACCCACAACUUCCCUGUGGGCAAGGACCUGUGGGUGACUGGAUGGGGAGCAACUGCAGAAGGAGGCACAGGAGCCUCCAUCCUGCAGAAGGCAGAGAUCCGGCUCAUCAACCAGACUGUGUGUAACCAGCUCCUGACAGACCAGCUGACACCACGCAUGAUGUGUGUGGGGAUCCUGACCGGUGGUGUGGAUGCCUGCCAGGGAGACUCUGGGGGGCCCCUGGUCAGUGUGGAGCCCAGCAGUCGGAUGUUCCUGGCUGGCGUGGUGAGCUGGGGCGAUGGCUGUGCCCAGAGGAACAAACCUGGGGUGUACAGCCGGCUCACGAGCUUGCGAGACUGGAUCCAGGAGCACACAGGCCUCUAGGGAUGGAUCCCUGCCUGGACACCUCUUAGACAGCGCUGGCUGAAGACACUUGGCAGUGCCAGCCAUGCACAGCCUCUACUGUGAACUUCAACCCUCCCUCUACCUCGCUGUGAGCGCCUGGGACUCCAUGUGCAACCAGAGCUGAUGGUUGGGUUUACGCCUUAGUCUGAGAAAUCCGUAUUUGGAGAAGUUUCCCUUGGGGGGGUAAGCUAGUGCAGCUCCCAUGAACAAUUUGAAUGAGCCAUCAUUCAAGAUUUCAUAUAGUAAUAAACUUUUAAAAAAAAUCUAAUCAAAAAAAAGACAGUUUGUGUUUAGAGGCAAACUUUAUUGGACAAGUUCAAAAACAAGGUUUCAGCAUAUAUUCUAAGUGGUGCAUUUGUUUUCAAACAGCCGUCCAUAUCCUUUCUCUGGUGUUCAGCCAUAAUGGAGGUCUUACCAUAGUUUUGGGGAGAUUCCCUUUGGAAUGCCUCCCUUGUCCCACACCAUGGUCUCCUCCUUCUGUCCUCUGUCCAGCUCUGCUUCUGGCUUGGCCAAGUCCAGGAUUGGGGGCCUGAAAGAGAGAUGUUGGGCUGAAACACCACCACUCACCCUGAGGGAAGCCACAGGCAGAGCUCAAAGCCAUCACUCACCCCAAAGAAAGCCAUGGGCAUUGCUCAAACACUAUCACUCGCUAUGAGAGAAGCCAAAGGCAGAGCUGCUGGCACAUGUGGAGACCCAGAGCCAUUGGCAUCACUGCAUUGUGCCUUAACAUCAUACUGAGCUGAGCUGAUAGAGUUUCUGCUGAGCCCCAGGUGCCUGGAAUCACUGUGAAGAGCACAAGGGCUGCACUGAAUUUUUCUUGGAGUGCUCCCCACAAGGACAACACCAAUGAGCUGUGCACACCAGCCUUAUACCUGUCUUACUUUUGUAAAGAAAAAUGUGACUUGUGAAUGUGCUGAUUUUCUUCCUUUUUCCUCUGUAGUCUGUUCCUGCCCCAGCAAAGCACACUCCAGCUUAGUCCCUUCCUUACCUGUAAAUACAUUGUUUUGUAAAACUCUCAGAACUGAGAUGCUGCAAUAAACUGGGAUAUUUUCUAA